ACAAGUCCUUCAGCUGCAUUGUGGGAGUUUAUGUAAAAGCAAGAUGGCAGCUGCCUGUGCACGAACGCUUAGUAAGGUCGGCUGGCAAAUACUAGAGUCUCAAUCAUGCCGCCCUAGCAAAGUAUUUUCCCUGGUGCCAAAGGCCUCGCUACAUGGGUCGAGCCGGGCUUAUGGAACGGGUGGUGCAGGAUUUCGAUCCAAAUUCCUCUUUGCACCACCCCUGCGUGGUGGUAGCAGAAUACUCGGAUGUGCGUUUCUGCUGGGAGGGGGGAUUGGUUUAUACCAGACCAUAAAGUUCUCUGUCCAACGACACCUUGCUGAAGAGGAACCCAAGGCUUCUGGAGGGGAGAUUAAAUUGACCCUGUACCAGUACAAGACCUGUCCGUUCUGCAGCAAAGUUCGGGCAUUUUUGGAUUUCCAUGGCCUGCCAUACGACAUCGUGGAGGUCAAUCCAGUCAUGAGAAAGGAAAUCAAGUGGUCAACUUACAGAAAAGUGCCUAUCUUGAUGGUGAAUGGUGAAGUGCAACUGAAUGAUUCAUCAGUAAUCAUCAGCGGUCUAAAGACAUACUUGAUUAGCAAGGGGAAAACCAUACCAGAUAUUCUCACCUGUUACCCAGAGAUGAAGUCCACCAACGAGAAGGGGAAGGAAGUGACAGAGUACAACAACAAGUACUGGGUGAUGGUGACCGAAGCUGAGGCCGCGAUGCUGUAUCCAGACAAAGAUUCCAGGAAAGAGGAAAUCAAAUGGCGUCGAUGGGCAGAUGAUUGGCUUGUGCACCUGAUCUCCCCCAACGUGUACCGAACUACUGGAGAGGCCUUGGCUUCUUUUGACUACAUUGUGCGAGAGGGCAAGUUUAGCAGUUUUGAGGGAUUCUUUGCCAAGUACGUUGGAGCGUCAGCCAUGUUUGUCAUCGCCAAAAUGCUGAAAAGAAGGCACAACCUGCAGGAAGACGUGAGACAGGACCUGUACAAGGCUGUCAAUGAUUGGGUAGCAGCUAUCGGGAAGAAGAGGAAAUUUAUGGGUGGCAACCAACCCAAUCUGUCCGACCUGGCAGUGUUUGGGGUCCUCAGAGUGAUGGAGGGCCUACAAGCCUUCGAUGACAUGAUGGAGAACACCAAGGUGAAGUUCUGGUACAAGCGCAUGGAAAAGGCCACACAAAACCAUGACGGGAAGAUUUGACCCCCCCACCCUUAAAACAUUGUCUAUAGUGCAUACAUUCUAACAGAAGAUCGCUUCCAGGCCUCAGAGACUGAAUCAGCAGGAUAUCACAAGAUUGUAUUUCGGAGAGGUUGUAUCAGGAAUGGGGAAUCAUUUUCCUUAUAGGAGCUUCGACUGCUGCAAUUUGACUAGGCACAGGAAAGAUAUUUAGUUCCCAUAUAAAUUUACUUAUGCUUUCAAUAGUUCACUUUAAUAAACAUGUAGCAAAUUUAA